GAAAAGGCAGAUAUUAGGGCAGGUGUUUCUGUAAUUACGCAAACCCGGCCGAAUAAUCGCGCAGCGCCAUCCCCGCGCGGCCCAUGGCGGCGCCCCCCCCCACGCAGAACGCGCCUCCCGGAAGUGACCUCCCGAUCCCGGAAGUGAUCGCUGCAGCUUCCGGAAGCGACCCGCCGUUGCCUAGCAACCCAGCGCCGCCGCCGGGCGCGGCCCCGAUGGGCUCCCGCGAGCAGUCCCGUGCCGACCGCCAGUCCCGUGCGCCGUGCGAGGCUCAGGGGCUGCGGUCGUCCUCCUGUUUGUCGCCGGGCUCGGAGCCGGCCGGCCCGCUGGACUUAGCGCCCGAACUGCGGCACGAUGAGCUGCGCAUCCCCGCCCCGCUGCGCGCCCGCUGUCCCGGUACCUGCGACAGGGCGACGUCGCCGUGCCCGCCCGCAGGAGACCUCCAGUCCGGCCACGGGCCUGCCGGGGAGCAGGACGGGAAGGAAGAGCCUCCGGGGCAGCAGCAACCCGCGGGGCACCCGAACGAAAGCCAUUCAGAUAACGUGCCGUGGUACGUCCGUACCAUCAAAGAAAAGGAAGAGUGUCUCUUAACGCUGGUAGAAGAGAUCGAUCGCCUGGCGAAGUACAAAGCAGAGUGUGUACAGAAGGAUGCUGUGAUUGCUAAUCUCCUGAGGGAAGUGGAAAGGCUGAAGAAACAGCUGGAGUGGCUCAAGGACAGCGCUGACACAGGGGCGGACACAAAAUCAAAACAAGGGAACUCAAGCGAAGAAGCCAAUGAAGCGAGCACCCUGGGAGCCAUUCUAGAGCAGGCAGAAGCAGAGAAGAUGGCCCUGAUGGCUCAGCUCACUGCAUUCCAGAAAGCCCACGAAGAACUCUUUGCAGAACUGCAAAAAGCAGAAGAUGACUACAACAUGGCCACAGGUACCAUGUUUUCCUUGCAAAGACAGCUGGAGAUCCAAGAAUCCCAGCUUCGGAGAACCAAAUCUGAAAAUGAAAGGCUCCAAAAGGAGAUCACAGGGCGAGAAAAUCAGCUACAAGCCAUGUCUGCCAAGUUUGGCAGUCUGAGAGAAGAACGGAAACAUGAAGAAAUGAUGGCAGCAAUGGAGAAGGAGAACUCCAGUCUUCGACAGGUUGUUAGAGAGCAAAAAUCCAAACUGGAUGAGCAGAUGGAGCUGAUCAGUGAUUUACAGGGUACAGCAUGGCAGCUACAGGCAGAGGCUCUGACCAAUCAGUUCCACAUGCAGAAGCAGCAAUGUGCUCAAGAGGAGAUGAAGAGCCAAGCUGAAGUGCUGCAGCACACAGAGCUACAAACCAGAGUGGCACUUGAGCGUAUCACCAGCAAGUUUGAAAGAUUUCGAAGCAAAAUAAUUCAGGCUACAUUCAGUACAGCAGGCAUCAAAGCUCCCCAGGCAGAACUCACUGAUGAGGAGGUGCUGGAAGCAAUGCAGAAAAUAAUUAACGAGCGGAUAGAGUUCUAUCAGAUGCUGAAACAAAAAGGUAUCAAGGUUCCAUCUCUCACCAACAUUGACACUUUUACUUCAUCAGCAAGCAGUGCAAAGGGAAGGAGGUGAGUCCUGCAGGGCAGCAUCUCCUGCAGAAGGCCUGAGCAGUCAACUCCCAACACAUCACCACUUCCCACCUCCCGUUCCUUUGUUUUCAGGUGAUGACUUAAUAACAAAUGAAACUUCAAUAAAGUUCUGCAGUAAUUCA